UCACGGCCGGGGGGGUACUGUUUGUGAAUGGCUUCAAAGUGACUGAGAUGUGGAAUGAUGUAUAAUGUUUUAUCGGCACUUUAGCAGAUUUUGCUUUUAUUUGAUGUGACAUUCUCCAGGACUGGAUUGUAACGGGGAAACGAUGUCGGACGCCGAAAGUGCUCGCAGUCCAGACCAGCUGAAUAAAUUCGAGAAACUGACAGGCAGGCCGCCGCUCGAUGAGACGUUAGCAGGUCAUCGUACUCCCCCCGCCCGCAGUGGGCAUCGCUGUGUUGCUGACAACACUAACCUGUAUGUAUUCGGAGGGUACAACCCCGAUUAUGAUGAGUCAGGAGGCUCAGAGAAUGAAGACUAUCCACUGUUCAGGGAGCUCUGGAGGUACCACUUUGCCACAGGCUGCUGGCAGCAGAUUCGAACAGAGGGCUAUAUGCCCACAGAGCUGGCGUCUAUGUCAGCUGUUCUGCAUGGCAACAACCUCCUGGUGUUUGGCGGUACUGGGAUCCCCUUUGGUGAAAAUAAUGGCAAUGAUGUACAUGUUUGUAAUGUGAAGUACAAGCGAUGGUCACUGCUUAACUGUCGGGGGAAGAAGCCCAACAGAAUCUAUGGACAGGCGAUGGUUAUCAUAAACGGUUUCUUGUACGUGUUUGGAGGGACAACAGGUUACAUCUACAGCACAGACCUGCACAGGCUGGACCUGACCACCAGGGAGUGGAUCCACCUUAAGCCCAAUAACCCUCCUGAUGACCUGCCUGAGGAACGGUACAGGCAUGAAAUAGCACAUGACGGACAGAGGAUUUACAUUCUCGGAGGAGGAACCUCCUGGACAUCAUACCCUCUGGAUAAGAUACAUGCUUACAAUCUGGAGACCAAUUCCUGGGAGGAGAUUACAACUAAACCUCAUGACAAAAUAGGGUAUCCUGCUCCCAGGAGAUGCCAUAGCUGUGUACAAAUACGAAAUGGUGAGAAUUUACCAUAUGUAUUUAUUUGUGGAGGCUACAAUGGGGAAUUGAUAUUAGCUGAUCUGUGGAAGAUCAACCUGCAGACUUUCCAGUGGAAUAAACUACCAGCAGUGAUGCCUGAGCCGGCCUACUUCCACUGUGCUGCUGUCACGCCAACUGGCUGCAUGUACAUCCAUGGGGGUGUGGUGAACAUCCAUGAGAACAAGAGAACUGGCUCUCUGUUUAAGAUCUGGCUGGCUGUGCCCAGCCUGCUGGAGCUAUGCUGGGAGAAGCUCCUCAAGGCCUUUCCACACCUGGCUUCACUCCCCACCAUGCAGCUGCUCAACCUGGGCCUCACACAGGAACUCAUUGAACGCUUGAAAUAGGCCGCACAGUGGCGGACGGACAAAUGAAUGGAUGGGAAGGGAAGGGCUGAACUGGGAGGAGAAGAGGUCUGACAGAGCACAGAAUUUAAUUCACAGGAAAAAUGCCCUCUCCCUCCCCUGCCUAACGUAGCCCCGCCUUAAAACCAAAAACAAUGGGAUGCCUCUUGUUUUGGGUUGUUGUUUUUUUUUUUUUUUUUUUUUUUUUU